AUGGAUGCCAGGAAAGCCCAUAGAGCCUCCUCUUCAUCCUCACCAUCCUUCUCAUCAAAACGUUGGGAGUACCACAUAUUCUUGAGCUUCAGAGGUGAAGACACGCGCAAGGGCUUCACGUCCCACCUUCACAAGGCAUUAGAAAGCAGGCGAUACAAUGUUUUUAUGGACGAGGACGAUCUACAAGUAGGGCAAGUUAUAAAACCAGAAGUGUUGAAGGCAAUCGAAAAGUCCAAUAUCUCUGUAAUUGUCUUCUCAACGAGGUAUGCAGAUUCCAGUUGGUGUCUUGAUGAGCUGGUGAAGAUCAUGGAGUGUAGAAGAACACUGAAUCAAAUUGUUUUGCCAAUAUUCUACAAUGUGGAUCCUUCAGACGUCAGGCAUCAGACUGGUACUUUGGCAUCUGAUUUUCAGAAACAUACCAUCCGACGUAAAGAUGAGGUGGUAAAGGAGUGGAGAAAGGCUCUUACUGAAGCUGCGAAUUUGUGUGCCGGGGUUCUCGAAGACAGGAAUGAAGCAAAGUUUAUCGAGGCAUUUAUUGAGAAUAAUAUUAUCGGACGGCUUUCCACAACUCCCCUACCAGUAGCCGCUCACCCGGUUGGAGUCGACUCUCGUGUACAUGAUAUGAUUACUUAUCUUUUAGGUGGUGGAUCACAAGAUGUUGUCAUGAUUGGAAUUUGGGGGAUGGGCGGACUGGGCAAAACAACAGCUGCGAAGGCCAUUUAUAAUCAAAUUAAGGAAAAAUUCGAAGCUCAUGUUUUCCUUGGAGACAUUAGGGACGCUGCAAAUAGACAUGGUCUUGUUUAUUUGCAAAAACUACUUCUUGCUGAAAUCUACAAGAAACGGACCAUUGACAUAAGUUGUGUUCAUGGAGGGAUGGGUAUGAUAAAAGAAAAACUUGGACGUAAAAGGGUACUUGUAAUUAUCGACGAUGUAGAUGAAAAGGAGCAACUCGAAGCGUUAGUUGGAAAUCGUGAUUGGUUUGGCUCUGGAAGUAGAAUUAUAAUAACUACUAGAGAUAAACAUUUUCUAGACGUACUUCAUGUGAAUAAAACUUUCACGGUUCCAGAAAUGAAUCCAGAUGAAGGUCUUGAGCUCUUUUGUUGGCAUGCCUUUCAGAAAGGUUAUCCUAAUGAACAAUAUCUUGAACUCUCAGAAAAGGUAGUUUUUUAUAGUCGAGGUUUGCCACUGGCACUUAAAGUUUUAGGCUCUUUCUUGGUUGAAAGAACCAUAGCAGAGUGGGAAAGCCAAUUGGAGGAAUUGGAAGGAAUCACUCCUAAAGAUAUUCUAAAAAUACUGAGAAUAAGCUAUGACGGUCUAGAUCAUAACGAGAAGUGUAUAUUCCUUGAUAUAUCUUGUUUCUUCAUUGGAAUGAACAAAGACCAUGUCAGAAAAAUAUUAGAUGGAUGUGGCUUUAAAGCAGAAAUAAAAAUCAGUGUCCUCCUUCAGAAGUGCCUUGUAACUGUUAAUGAAAAGAACCAGCUAAUGAUGCAUGAUCUACUUCGAGACAUGGGCAGAGCAAUCUGUCAAGAAGGUGACCCAGAAGACCGGAGUAGAUUGUGGCUCCGCCGGGAAGAUGUGACAGAUGUAUUGGAAGACAAAUCUGGAACUAAAAAAGUUGAAAGACUUGCUCUAAAUCUGCGAAGCUCGGAAAAGGCUAGUUUCGGUACUGAAGCAUUUAGCAAAAUGAGAAAACUGAAAUUGCUCCAGCUCAACUAUGUAGAGCUCACCGGAGAGUACAAAUUUCUUUCCAAAAAUUUAAGAUGGUUGUGCUGGCAUGGAUUCCUUCUAGAUUCGAUACCAGGUGACUUUGAUCUAACAAGCCUAAUUGCUAUGGACCUGCAGUUUAGCAAACUCAAAGUAGUUUGGAAGGAUUGCAAGUUGCUUGAGAAGUUGACAAUCAUUAAUCUGAGUCAUUCUCAUGAUCUAACAACAUCACCAGACUUUUCAAAAGUCCCAAAUCUGGAGGAGUUGAUAUUGGAAUGUACGAGUUUGUCUGAUGUCCAUGAAUCCAUUGGUGGUCUCAAAAGACUUGCUUUGGUAAAUCUUGAACACUGCAAAAUGCUUAAAGAUCUCCCACUGAAUUUAUAUACAUCCAAGUCUAUUGAAACUCUUCUACUUAAUGGUUGUUCAAGAUUUGAAAACUUGGCUGAGGGCUUAGGGGACAUGGUAUCAUUGAGAACUCUGGAAGCAGACGAUACAGCUGUAACAAAAAUACCAUCUUCCAUAGUAAAAUUGAAGAAACUGAGAUCUUUAUCUCUAUGUGGUUUGGAACGGUUAACUGGCUUUUUGCCCCAUUCUUACCUGAGAUCUUCAGGUCUUCGUGGUUUGGAAGGGUCACAACCAACUGGUUUUUUGCCCCCUUUGUUAGAUGGCUUAAACUCUUUAAGAAAAUUAGCUCUUGCAGACUGCAGUUUAACAGAUGAUGAACUCCCUAAGGAUCUUGGGAGCCUAAGUUCCUUAGAACAUUUAGAUUGUGGACAAAAUUCUUUUUGUAGACUGCCAAGCCUAAGUGGUCUUUCAAAGCUGGAAUAUUUGUGUCUAAAUGACUGCAGAAAACUUCGUGCAAUCCCAGAAUUACCGACAAAUCUAAAAGUUCUGAGAGGGUUUGGCUGCACAGCAUUGGAAACAAUGCCAGAUUUUUCAGAAAUGUCAAGUAUAAGAGAGCUGUAUUUAUCUGAUUCGUACAAACUCACUGAGAUUCCUGGCCUGGAUAAGUCAUUAAACUCCGUGACAAGGAUUCAUAUGGAAAAGUGCACUAAUCUCACUGCCGAUUUUAGGAAGAACAUCCUACAGGGAUGGACUUCUUGCGGAUAUGGUGGCAUUUUUCUCAGUGGAAAUGAUAUUCCUGAUUGGUUCCACUGUGUCCAUGACGAUGAUAUUGUGUAUUUCACUGUGCCUCAAAGUGUUGGUCGUAAUUUGAAAGGGUUAACUUUGUCCUUCGUUUACUCUCCGGACUCAUUCUACAGUAGUCGCAUUAGCAUUAGCAUAAAAAACAUGACCGAGGGUACUGAGCUUGACGCCAGGAUCACACCCAUUUCCAGUUGUCGAACUGAGGGUUACUAUCUUUGGCAGGGACAGUUAUCAAAUGACGAGCUCAAAUUGCAAGACGGUGAUAAAGUCUUGAUUGAAAUAAUAACCAAAUAUGAUUCGGUGGAGGUGAAGAAAACAGGUGUUAGUCUGGUAUGGGACAAAUUUAUGAACGAAAAUAUGAUUGAUUACCAUCUUUGUGCGUAUGAACGACGCCCAUAUCUGGUCAAUGAUGAUGACAUCAUUCAUGUCGAAUAUGAUAAUCACAUAAGAAAAUCACCGUACUUUUCAAAAUUCCCAAAUCUCGAGAAGUUGAUAUUGAAAGGUUGUAAGGAGUUAAUUAAGGUUCACUCAUCCAUUGGGGAUCUUGGAAGACUUUCUUUGGUAAAUCUUGAAGACUGCAAAAUGCUAAAGGAUCUCCCACUGAAUUUCUAUAAAUCCAAGUCUAUUGAAACUCUUCUACUUAAUGGCUGUUGGAGAUUUGAAAAGUUGGGUGAUGGCUUAGGGGACAUGGUAUCAUUGACAAUUUUGAAAGCAGAUAACACGCUCAUCAGACAAAUUCCAUCUUCCAUAGUAAAAUUGAAGAAGUUGAGAAUUUUAUCUCUAUCUGGUGAGAAUUUUGAAAUUCCAUCUUUUACCCCUUUCGUUACAUGGCUUAAACUAUUUAAUAGAGUUAUGUCAACUUUGGAUGCAGAAUGCGGGUUAACUGAGGAUGCAAUCCCUAAGGAUCUAUGUAGCCUAAUGUCCUUAGAAGAUCUGCUUCUUGAAGCCAAUCAUUUUCGUAGCCUGCCAAGUCUCGCUGGUCUUUCAAAGCUCAAGGUCUUGUGUUUAAAUGCAUGCAGAAAACUUUGUGCAAUCCCAGAUUUACCAACCAAUUUGUAUGUUCUGAAAGCAAUUGGCUGCCCAAAAUUGGAAACAAUUCCAGAUUUUUCAAAAAUGUCGAAUAUGAGAGAAUUGUAUCUAAGUGAUUCGGUCAAACUCACUGAGGUUCCAGGCUUGGAUAAGUCAUUAAACUCCAUGACAAGGAUUCAUAUGGAACGCUGCACCAAUCUGACUGCCGAUUUUAGGAAUAACAUCCUACAGGGAUGGACUUCUUGCGGAUUUGGUGGAAUUUAUUUGAAUGGAAUUUAUGAUAUUCCUGAGUGGUUCAAAAUCGUCAAUGAUGUGGACAAUAUCGUCUUUUUUGAAGUUCCUCAAAGAAUCAUGCGUCGUGAUUUAAAAGGGUUGACUAUAUGCUUCGUUUACUCUUCAGACAACCCAGAACUUGAAGAUUCUAACCGUGGUAUUGUCAUUAUCGUUAGAAAUCUUACCAAACAAACUGCUUUGCACACCCGGAUAGCAUUUGGCUCGGUAAAAACUUGGAGUAAACCUGAAGACGGUUAUCUUUGGCAGGGACAAUUGUCAAACGAUGUGCUCUGUUUGCAAGGCAGGGACCGAGUCUGCAUUCUUGUAAGGCCUGAUGAUGUUGAUUUUGUGAGAGUGAAGAAGACAGGGGUUCAUCUAGAAUGGGACAAACUCAUGAAGGAAAAUAUGGAUAAUCCAGAUCCUCACUUGUAUGUUUUGGAAACAAAUGGGGAUUUUUCCGGGGGAGUUGAUGACUCCAUUUCAAGAAACAGAGAGAACAAGGGAAGAAAAUCAAAGAGGAGGAUAUGA